UUCAUCACAGCUGGGAGGCUUGUCUUCCAUCAGUCAGACAGAUGGAGACCUGCUUCCUCUUUUUCAGAACGCACAGCAGUAGCUCUACGUCUCUGAGUCUCUGAGGUAAGAAAACCCAGCUCUGCUCCGUCAAACUAUCAGUUUAGAAGAGAUGUUCCUGUUGCUGCCUUUCGGCCUGGGCUUCAUCCUGGGGACCUCAGGCCUGAAAAUCCUGGACUCAAAAGCAGAGCUGCAGGACAGCCACUUUGGCCGCCCGCCCCCUCGCCAUGGCCUCAAGCUUCUUGUGUGGUACGUUCAGGCUUGCCUGGACAACAACAUGAAGGCACUGUGUGACCCCAUGCAAGGAGAAUAUGGGUUUCACGUUUUCCACAACUUGGGCAAAAAACCUUUGCUACCAGUGAUUCAGGACAGAACGCUGUACAGAUAUUACACUCUGGGAAAUCUCAACUACGACCGUGCUGAGGAGCUACCCUACGAAGUCAGGAAGUACUACAACCACAGCGACCCUGAAAGCAACAAGGACAGAGUGUUGGUGAAACACAACAGCAACAACAGACGCAUUUAUGAGCUCUACGCUUCUGCACAUUAUGACCCCACAGAAACCUACAGGAUCGGCCCAGAUCUUGUAGCUGCUCUUCGGCAAAGAGGAAAAUCUCCAGAGAGGAAAAUGAUUUGUUCUUUCUCUGAUGGGAAAUCGCCUUCUAAUGACUGUAGGAAUGAGGAGUAUCCCAGCAGAACAGCCCCAAAAGAAAUAUUGAAUUAAUGAGGUUACGGGGAAUGUUUGUGUGUGUGUGAAUGCUUCUGCAAUCUUCUACUUUCUUUAGUCCUCAGGCCAAAACCAGCUGGUUCUGAACGUUUUAGUGCAGGGGUGUCAAACUCAAUCACACAAGGGGCCAAAAUCCAAAACAGAUCACGGGCUGAACGGGAUAAACAUUUAUUGAACACUCCAAAACUACAUUUUUAAAACUA